CCGGCCACAACCGUAACGCCACUCCGGGCGGCGUCCACUGUUCCCUCCUCCCCGCCAGCCGUCACCACUCCCAGUACCCCGCUGCUUUAUUCCCCUGCCCUGCGCUCUCUGCUCUCAGCCUGCGCCCGCCACCGCCCCCGCUGCCGUUUGAGGUUUGACCUCGAGCUCCCUCCCGCACUCGCGCCCCUUCCUCCUUUCCCUUUCCCCGCCAUUAACCUGACGCGCAGCUGCCGCAGCCGCAGACAGACCUCGCGGAGUUGCAGUCGAGGAGGACGACGACGACUCCCCUCGGCCCCGCGGCCCCACGAGCGAAAAAAGUCAUUCCUUCCGUGCUCUGCUCGCCCGAAAAGCUCCCGUUUUGCAGGCCCCGUGCCCGCCAUUACGCCCCGCCCCCGGCCCUCGAUUCAAUGCCCUCAUUUCCUCCUUGAGCUCUCUCCCCGCACCUCCUUCCUCGUGCCGGAGCCCGGAGCUGCAAUUGCAAUCGCCCUUCUCGUGCAGUCGUGCUCCUUCCUACCUCACGCCUCGCUGUUGACACCCUUUUGAGGCUUGGAGCCGCCUGCUUGUCCGCUUCCUGCCUCGCACCCACGACGCCCAGCCCACUCCAGUCACCCAUCGCACGUCGGAAACCUCCAAUCCCCGGUUUUGUUUGUAGCCAUCCCUUUGGCCCUUCCCGUGGUCACAUCGCCCUCCCUCCCCUCCCUGCAGCGUGCGCCCAAAUGAAAUGAGAGCAAAGUUCGGCCUCAGUUCCCCGGCGUCCCGUCCCCUCAUGUGCCCGCGCCAGUGAGCGAUCCUUGGCCGGACCAGCCGCCCGCCUAUCCAUCCCCUCCCUGCCUGGCGAUCCUUGGCCGGGUCCUCUUCUCGUCCAGAUUCUGAUCGCUGACAGAGUCCCAAUCUCGGUGGCGCGCCCUCGCCUCCCUCGCCCGUGCGCUAAUUUAGACAGGGGUUUCGAGGCGGGCUUCGGACUUGGAGUUCGAGUUUCCCCAGGUGCGCGCACCGAGAGACCAGAGCCUCCUCCCCGAGCGGAAGGAAGUUGAGGAGCAGCCAACAAUGGAGAGCCGAGGGCGGCGGCCGCGGACCCCGGAGCGGCAGAGGCCGGCGGCGCGGAAGGUGCCGGUGGUGUACUACCUCACGCGGAGCCGCCACCUCGAGCACCCGCACUUCGUCGAGGUGCCGGUCGCCUCGCCGGAGGGGCUCUACCUCAGGGAUGUCAUCAACCACCUCAACACGGUGCGCGGCAAGGGCAUGGCCGCGAUGUACUCGUGGUCCUGCAAGAGGAGCUACAAGAAUGGGUUCGUGUGGCACGACCUUGCCGAGGACGACCUCGUCCUCCCGGCCACCGAUGGCGAGUACGUGCUCAAGGGCUCUGAGCUCGUGGACCAAUCUUCUCCAGGUCAAUUAUACCCUGUCAGUAACGGCAACCACAAGCAACAGAGCAGGCUGAAAGAGGGUGCACGGCAGCCAUUGCCAAGAGAGCAUUCCUACCCAUCCUCCCCUCCUAGCGUGAUAGUAAGAGAAGCCAAGCCCCGGCGUUCACCGUCUGUGCCUUCACAAGAUGAGGACGACACCCCCUCGCCGUGCAGGGACCGCUCCUUUGGGACCAUGUCGCCGGAGUUGGAGCCCCGGAGGAAUGAGAGGGCUCAACUAUCAGCGAGUGGGUCUGCAAGCCCAGCAGAGUUCAGAGUUUACAAGCCCACUGGUUGCAUGGAUGCUGCAACUCAAACUGAUGAUCUUGGCAGAAGAUCCGGUCGGAGAGCACCCGAGAUGCGCAAGAAGAGUCUGAGCACAGAUCAUGAUGCUGUAGUUCGUGAAAUUACCGAGUACCGGCAAAGCCAUCCUCGCCGGUCAGCAGAUCUCCAAGGGAUCUCCAGGGAACUCCUGUCCCAAUGUGCUACUCCAUUGAGCAUACCUUCAACCCGUGUCAAGUCGGAGAGUUUAGAGUCCUUGAUACGAGCGGAUAACAUGACGAACAGCUUCAGGAUUCUUGAAGAGGAGGAUAUCGUUGUGCCCACCUGCCCGAAGCUGAAGCCGACUAAUGUAUUGAUGCAGCUCAUCACUUGUGGCUCCCUUUCGGUGAAAGAUCAUGAAAAUGUCGGAAUUGUUCAGGCAUACAAGCCCAGGUUCCCAAGCCUGAAGUUCCCAUCGCCGCUAAUUUCUCGCACCAUGAUGAUGGGUGAGCUUGAUUACCUAUCAGAAAAUCCCAGGUUAAUGGGAAUGAGGUUGGAAGAUAAGGAAUACUUCAGUGGGAGCCUUAUUGAGACAAAGAUGCAAAGAGAUGUUCCAGCUGAAAGGUAUUCAGCGCUUAAACGGUCUUCCUCCUAUAAUGCAGAAAGGGGUGGCGGGACUCUAGAUUGCACAAGAUCUGAUGAGGACACAACCGACACAUCAUCACGCUCGAGGUGCCUCCCCCGGACGCCGAUCCUGUCAUCCUUCCUACAUCCGAAGAGCGACUCGCUGAAAUCCCCAGUCUCAGACUGCCGGAGGAGCUCCUCAGCGAGGCAGGACUGCGACCUGGCGUCCGGGGAUGGGAGCAAGAGGUUCGCCGACGGCUCAAUCACGUCAGCGGCGAAGGCAGACUCGUUCAGGAAGGAGGAGAAGCUUGUCAAGAUCGAGGAAAGGCUGUCGUCCGGAGCUCGCGUUGUGAUCCAGUACACCGUCCCUUGCAACGAGAGCGACGAAGGCUCUGAACGCUGACAAUGCAGGGAUCCUGCUGCUGCUGUAGAGAGUUUAUCCUUGGAAGAUUAGCAAUCAAGGGAUUACAUUUCUUGAAAGUUGAAACAUGCAUUUAGCUAGGGGAUCCUUUUUUUGUGGUUGUUUUUUUUACCUUCUUCCUUAGAGGUUUAUCAUGUCUCAUUGUCAUUUUGUAAGUGCCUAUUAAAAUUUAUCUGUUAUGUUUUCCUCCCCUGUGGUUUCAAAAUAAUUUCUGCUGGU